UGUCCCUCUCUAUCUAUAAAUCCCUCCACAACAUUCUCCUAUGUUUCUCAAUUCAAAUUUCCCACAAAAGCCAAAAACUUCUAAACAAAGAACACAAAAAAGCCCAAAAUGAAAUUUGUUAGCCCCUUUUUAUUACUCUUGGCCUUGCCAUUGGUGGCUAUUCUUCCGGUGCAUGGGCAGAUGAAUGUGCCAUGUAGUGCCUCUAUGCUCUCAAGCUUCAGCCCUUGUUUGAACUUUGUCACCAACAGCUCUGCCAAUGGCACUUCCCCGACCUCCGAUUGUUGUAACGCGAUCCGGUUGCUCGCUAGCGGCGGUCGGGACUGUCUCUGCCAAAUCGUCACCGGACGAGUUCCCUUUCAAAUACCCAUCAAUAGGACUCUUGCUAUUUCACUUCCUCGCGCUUGUAACUUGCCUGGUGUCCCCCUCCAAUGCAAUGCCUCUUCUGCUCCUGUUCCCGCACCAGGCCCAAUUCCUCUUGGACCAAGCCUUCCUCCAGAAUCUUCACCAUCGGGCAGUCCUCAAGCGCCGGAGCCCACCACGCCGGCCCUUACUCCAUCUUUUCCGGUAGAUCCUGAAGCCGGAGCUCCGUCGGAGACUGGCGGAAGUCGCCCAGUUCUGACCCCAUCCUCCGCCGUCCCUUCAAACAGUUUUCCACAUCCUUUUCUGCUUCUGGGAUUUGCAUUUGUAAUCAUGAAAUUCUACUGAUUUUUGCGAUAUUAUUGUUUGUUGUUGUCAAUUUUUUGUUUGAAAAUUGAAUGGAAUUGAUCGGAGUAUUAUGAUUC